AUGCCAUCGGUGAUGGAGCGGUCUGGGUCUGGCGUGCUGUCCCGGAGCAGAGCCAAAACUGUGACCAAUGGCAGCACCCAGCACUCUGAGGAGGAGAGCAGUGACGAGGAGCACGCCCACGACAGUAUGAUUCGCGUCGGGGGAGACUACCAGGCCCUGAUUCCUGAGUACAAACCAGAUGGCCCCCCUCAAUACACUGAGAAGGAUCAGAGAGGUAUGCUGGUGUGGUCCCCCAACCAGCUGGUGUCUGAUGCUGAAUUGGAUGAAUACAUUCUGAUGGCAAAAGAGAAACACGGCUACAACAUGGAACAGGCCCUGGGCAUGCUGCUCUGGCACAAACACGAUGUGGAAAAGUCCCUGGCAGAUUUGGCUAACUUCACCCCCUCGCCUGAGGAGUGGACGGUGGAGGACAAGGUGCUGUUUGAGCAGGCCUUCAGCUUCCACGGCAAGAGCUUCCACAGAAUACAGCAGAUGUUGCCUGACAAGCUGAUUUCCAGCCUGGUGAAGUAUUAUUACUCCUGGAAGAAAACUCGGACCCGCACUAGUGUCAUGGAUCGACAGGCUCGGCGUUUGAUGAGCAAGAGAGAAAAGGAUGACAGCAACGAUGAGGGAGAGGAAGGGGACGGAGGGAGCGACAGUGAUUUUGAAAUGGAUGCCAAGAAAGACGCCCAGAAACACAGCACGAGCAAUAGGGGGGGGCAGAAGGGCAGUUCUGGGAGGUCAGGCCCGGUCAGGAAGGAGAGCCAGGGUUCACAAUACAGGCACCACCCCCUGCGAGCUCGCCGGCGCCCCCCAAAGGGCAUGCACCUCAUUCAGGAAGACCUCGUGUCCCUUUCUGCACCCCCGGAUGCGGGAGCUGUAUUGCUGAAACAGCUGGACACCCAGCUGGUGUCACUGAAGAGACAGGUUCAGAGCAUUAAGCAGAUGAACAGCAGCCUGAAGCAGGACCUGGAUGGAGGAGUCGACACCCAGCGGCCCACUGAGCCCACUCCCAAGAUUAACUCUCGCUGGACAACAGAGGAGCAGCUCCUAGCUGUACAGGCCAUCAGGCGCUAUGGGAAGGAUCUGGCGGCCAUCGCCGAGGUGAUCGGGAAUAAGACUGUCUCCCAGGUGAGCUCCUUCUUCGUGAGCUACCGGCGUCGCUUCAACCUGGAAGAAGUGCUGCAGGAGUGGCAGGCGGAACAGGAGGUGCUCCAGGGGCAUGCUGGGAACAUGGAGGACAGCAAGAGUCCGGCUGCAGCCGCAGGAGGACGGGCGUCUGGGGGAAGCAGCUGCGGAGAAGAGGAGGAGAUCACCACAGAGUACCCACCCUCCCAAACCAGGACCUCGACACCUCCCACUGGAAGUAACGUCAGUAACUCCAGCACAAAUCAAGGCCCCGCCUCCAUGUCUCAGCCACCCCCCUUGCUUCGCCCGGCUCCUCCCCCGGCCCCUCCCAGCCUGCUACGCCAGCCCCCGCCCCUGCAGACUCGUCCUGUCCAAACCCGCACCCCUCACAAUCAUCCACCCCCUCCCCUGAUACGGCCAGCAGUCGCAUCCUCCCGCCACCAGGGGGGGCUUCGAAACUCACUAAGCUCUAAUUCCAAUUCCUCGUCGUCUUCUCCGGGUCAGUUACCGCCUUCCUUGGUGGGCCUGAAAGUGGAACCUCCCCACUCUCACUAA